UUUUUUUAAUUUCAUCCUUCUCUGUAAUGGGUUCGUUUGAAGUUUUCGAUUUGCAUAUGACCCUUCUGAAAAGAUCGGAACUUUUUUCCGUGACUGUAUUCUUUUCUGGGGCUUAUUGAUUGUUGAUGUGGAAGAGUCCUUUGCGUUUACUCUAUCAACAGAGUAGGUUUAUUGCUGGCUCAUUUGUAUUCUAUGAGUGGCUCAGAGAUUCUAUAUCGUUGGAGAAGAGAACAAAGUAUUAGAUUAAGAGGGAUUUGACUUUCAUCACUUGUGGUGUGAGAUCAGAUCAGAUCACUUUGUCUGAAUGCGAUUCUGGAGAAAGUUGAUUUAGGAUUAUAAGUAUAGAGAUAUUCUUUUGAUGGGUAAUGUUUGUGUUGGACCAACCAUUUCUGGCAACAGUUUAGUGCAAGCUGUUUCCGCUGCAAUAUGGCGGCCACGGAUUGGAGCUGAUCAGCAAGCCUCUUCCCAUGGCAAAGGAGAAGCUUCCAAAGAAGCAGCUUCUUCCCAUGGCAAAGCAGAAGUUUCCAAAGAAGCAUCAUCUUCAGAACCAUUACCUGAUCAGGUUCAGAAUAAACCCCCUGAGCAAGUCACAAUGCCAAAUCCAAGAUCCAUUCCCGAAGCCGAAACCAAAUCAAAACCAGAUGCACCUGAGGAAAUCAAGCAGGAAGUUGUUCUGCAGGUGGAGACUACAAAGCCUGAGACAACAAAACCAGAUACAAAGAGUGAAACCAACCCACCGGAGAAGAAACCCGAUCCCAAUAAGCCUAAACACAUGAGGAGAGUGUCCAGUGCAGGCCUUAGAACCGAGUCAGUGUUACAGAGGAAGACCGAGAACUUCAAAGAGUUCUAUUCACUAGGAAGGAAACUCGGACAAGGGCAAUUUGGGACAACGUUCUUAUGCCUCGAGAAAGGCACAGGGAAGGAGUACGCGUGCAAAUCCAUCUCCAAGAGGAAGCUUUUAACAGACGAAGACGUUGAAGAUGUGAGAAGAGAGAUUCAGAUAAUGCAUCACUUGGCUGGUCAUCCUAACGUUAUAUCCAUCAAAGGAGCUUAUGAGGAUGUUGUGGCGGUGCAUCUUGUGAUGGAGCUGUGUUCCGGGGGGGAGCUUUUCGAUAGGAUUAUCCAGCGUGGGCAUUACACUGAGAGGAAAGCUGCUGAGCUUGCGAGAACCAUUGUUGGGGUUUUGGAGACUUGCCACUCUCUUGGUGUUAUGCAUAGAGACCUCAAGCCUGAGAACUUUCUUUUUGUUAGUAAAGAGGAAGAUUCUCUGUUGAAGACUAUUGACUUUGGACUCUCAAUGUUCUUUAAACCAGAUGAGGUUUUUACAGAUGUUGUUGGUAGUCCAUAUUAUGUAGCUCCUGAAGUUCUUAGGAAGCGUUAUGGUUCUGAAUCAGAUGUGUGGAGUGCUGGUGUGAUUGUUUACAUUUUGUUAAGCGGUGUUCCUCCUUUCUGGGCUGAAACCGAACAAGGUAUAUUCGAACAGGUCCUUCAUGGAGAUCUUGACUUCUCAUCUGAUCCUUGGCCAAGCAUCUCUGAAGGCGCAAAGGACUUGGUGCAGAAAAUGCUUGUGCGUGACCCCAAGCGAAGACUAACUGCACAUCAAGUAUUGUGUCAUCCAUGGGUUCAAAUUGAUGGUGUGGCUCCAGACAAACCUCUGGACUCUGCUGUAUUGAGCCGUAUGAAGCAGUUUUCUGCAAUGAACAAGUUCAAGAAAAUGGCUCUUAGAGUCAUAGCCGAGAGCUUAUCUGAAGAAGAAAUAGCCGGUUUGAAAGAAAUGUUCAAGAUGAUUGACGCAGACAACAGUGGUCAGAUAACAUUCGAAGAACUUAAAGUAGGACUAAAACGAGUUGGUGCUAAUCUCGAAGAGUCAGAGAUUCUUGACCUUAUGCAGGCUGCUGAUGUGGACAAUAGCGGAACAAUAGACUACAAAGAGUUCAUAGCAGCAACUUUGCAUCUAAACAAGAUAGAGAGAGAGGACCAUUUGUUCGCCGCCUUCUCCUACUUUGACAAGGACGAUAGUGGGUUUAUAACCCAUGACGAGCUUCAGCAAGCUUGUGAGGAGUUUGGUGUUGAAGAUGCUCGCAUAGAAGAAAUGAUAUGCGAUGUUGAUCAAGACAAAGAUGGAAGAAUAGACUACAACGAGUUUGUGGCAAUGAUGCAGAAAGGGAGCAUCAUGGGAGGAGGACCUAUGAAGAUGGGUUUAGAGAAGAGCAUUAGCAUCUCUUUAAAACAUUAGUUGUCAUAUACAAACCCAUAAGAUCAUGAAAUACUUAUGAAUGAUGAUACUUAUGAAUGAUGAUGAUUAUGUUUUUUUUUUGUUUUCUCAAUAUUGUGAUGAGAGUUUUGUUAUUAUUAGGAAAAUCUUUACUGUACUGUGUACUUUUAUGCAUAUAAACAUUGUUUCUUUUGGGUC